ACCUCAGACUGUUCGGGACGGUGAUGUCCUUCCAACAGAUAAGAAGUUUCCCUGUACUGAGUGCGGGAAGUGUUUCUAUUUUAAAUUCAAUCUCGAUGAGCAUAAAAGAGCUCAUACAGUUGAUAAGCCGCAUUCCUGUCCUGAGUGUGGGAAAUGUUUUUUAAAGAAAGCCCAUCUUUCCUCACAUCGGAGGUCUCACACAGAAAAAAAGUCGUAUUCUUGUUCUGAGUGCGGGAAAUGUUUUUCAGGGAAGCUUGGCCUUAACAGCCAUCUGAGAUCUCACACAGGAGAGAAGCCGUAUUCCUGUUCUGAGUGCGGUAAAAGUUUUGUACGAAAAUUACAACUUGUCACCCAUCAAAUGUCUCACACAGGGGAGAAGCCGUAUACCUGUUCUGAGUGUGGGAAAUGUUUUUCAGCAAAGUCCUGCCUUUUUAUGCAUCAGAAAUUGCACACGGGGGAGAAACCAUAUUCCUGUUCUGAAUGCGGGAAAUGUUUUGUAAGGAAAGCCAAUCUUUCCACACAUCUGAGAUCUCACACAGAAGUAAAGCCAUAUUCUUGUUCUGAAUGCGGGAAAUGUUUUGCAGUAAAAUCAAAUCUUGUCAAACAUCAGAGGUCUCACAUGGAGGUGAAGCCUUUUUCCUGUUCAGAGUGCGGGAAAUGUUUUACUAGGAAGUACAGUCUUGCUAUACAUCAGAGGUUACACACGGGUGAGAAACCAUAUUCCUGUUCUGAGUGUAUGAAAUGUUUUACAGUAAAAUCAGAUUUUGUCAAACAUCAGAGAUCUCACACGGGGGAGAAGCCGUAUUCCUGUCCUGAGUGCUGGAAAUGUUUUUUUGACAAGUCCACUCUUUCUAGACAUCGGAGAUCUCACACGAGGGAGAAGCCGUAUUCCUGUGCUGAGUGAGGGAAAUGUUCCUUACUGAAGUCCUGU